GAUUUUUGGGAGCAAAAAAUAAAAUAAAAAAAUUUAAUUGUCUUUAAAUAAAGUGUAUCAUCAGGUGUACGAUUUAUUAGUGCUUAUCGUAUAUUUCGAUUAGCUGUGAUAAGACAAUGUUAUUUUCAUUUCACUGAAAAAUUCGAAAUCGUGAAACACAGUCGGUUGUUGAAAGGAAUUGCUUGAAUUUAUUGACACUAGAUCCAUAAGCGUGUGCAACGCGUCUCUGAGGCGCCAGUAAAUUUGCAACAGGAGAAUCAAUAAAAAGAAACACAGUAACAGUGCCAUUUCCAAGUUAAAAACGUGCCUAAAUACUUAUGACGUUGGUGCAAAUUAUAUUGUGAAUUUCAUAAUCUUAGCAAAAACAGGUUCAUUUAUCAUAAACAAAACCGCAAUGAAUAAGCGAGUGAUAACAUUUUGCGUAUCGGCUUUCAUUGUGUUACGCAGUGUUUAUGCUGAAACUAGUGACCCAUUGAUCUUUUCCACUAAUGAAUGUGAGCUAACAGAGCCUAUUUAUGGCGAGAAAUUCAACUUCAAAGCUUUGCAUUCGGACAUGGCGAAGCAUGUGAAAGGCGAUAAGAAUGACACUUUCGAGUACAAUCUUUGUGGUAGCAUAAGCCGUGCAUGUAAUGGUGUAAAAGAUGUCUCUGCUUGUCUUAAGCGAGGCAAUGAAGAGUUUGUGCUUGGUACGCAACAUCAAUUGAAUUAUCACAAUGGCAGAAUGUAUUUUGAAUUUAGUAAUGGCGCCAAGUGUCCCAGCGGCGAUGGCGAGUUCAAGUUAUAUGUGUCCGUUGGCUGUGACUACACUUUGGAUGCCGAACAAUCAAAAGUGACACGUUAUGCUACGGAUGUGUGUAAUUUCUAUAUAUCACUAGAGACACCAUAUGCCUGUUUGUCUGAACCUGAAACGGUUAAAUCCAAUGCUUGCAGUGUGCAGGACUCGGUAAAUGGCCACAACUAUGACUUGCUCUCGUUGAGUGACUUCAACUAUAGAACAAGCGAUCGGAAUGGGAGUGUAUUUGUGGUAAACAUUUGUAAACCGGUGCUGUAUGGAGAGAAUGCAAUGUGUCCCAAAGGCAGUAGUGUCUGUUUGGUCAAGUUGAAUUCCCCUGAUUACAAACAACGGUUUUUCGACUAUGGCACCGUACAACCUAAUCCUGUAUUAGAAAACGGACGUCUAUUAAUGCGACUUCCUUCAACAACACCUUAUAAUGGAACGCAUAAUUACUCCUCAACUAUAUUAUUCAUAUGUGAUAAUGAGAUAAAGAGUCCACAGUUGUCUUUUAUGGGCGCCAAAGAGAAUGUUUAUGAAUUUUCUUUUACCACUACUUUGGCCUGUAAUGACAAUCCACCUUGCACUACGAUAACGCAUGGAAAUGAAGUUUUGGAUAUGCGAGCCCUCCAGGGUAAGACAUAUGAAUUGUCGAUGGCUUCAAAAAAUUAUACGUUCGGCAUUUGUUCGAAUGCUGGUCAGCCGUGCUUGUCAGAUGAGGGCUCCUGCCUCUUCGAGAAUCAGCAAACCACCAGCAUGGGCCAGGCCAACACACAACUACGUGCCGAUCGUUCUGGCUCACCGUAUUUGCUGUACACCGAUGGAGCACUUUGUGAUGGCCAAACGAAGUGGUCGACUCGUAUUGAGUUUGUCUGCGCCAACAAUGCCACUAAAGACAAUGGCACAGUGAACACCAGCAAUGCAUUGGGUCCGAAAAUAAUCGAAAAUAAAAAUUGCCAACUACUAAUUCACUUUCAAACACCAUUGGCUUGUCAUGAGCAGAUUGCGUGCAAAGUCAAAGUGUAUGUGGAGCAUUCGGAGGACGGCACCGGUGAGGAGGUGGUCGAUUUGACGCCAUUGAUUAGUGCAACCGACAACUAUGAAGCCGAAAUUAAUAACGCAUCGAUAACGGAACAACAAGUGCCCAAAUCGACCAAGUUCUUCCUCAACGUCUGUCGUCCGUUGGUGCCGAAAUACGGCUUGGGUUGUUCAGGUGGCUCGGCAGCCUGUAUGGCUAAGGUGGAGUCGACAGCAGCAACACCGGAAGAGGAGAAGAUCUCAUUUCCGUUUCAGAGUCUUGGCUUCCCAAUGGCAUCGUUGGUUGCCAGUAAUCGCACCGCCGCUGAACUGCGUUACCUACGCGGCAGCACCUGCCCCACCGACAACAACACAGAACUCUCUUCCCGCAUACAAUUCAACUGUGAUAUGCUCGCUGGUGUGGGUAAACCCAUUCUACAGUCCAUUUCAGAUUGUCAAUACGAAUUCCAGUGGUCGACCAAUGUCAUUUGUCCCUCACAUUUGUGCACUUUCAAUGAGGAGACGUGCGAAAUAAUUAACGAUGAUAUUAAAUUAAAUUACAAACUGAAAAAUGCGCCUUUCGCCAACGCUGGUCAGAUGAAGAUACCCAACGGUAAUAGCGAUUUUACACUCAACAUUUGCGGUAAAAAUCGCAUAGCUGAAACUGAUUACUCGCAGGGUUUGGUGAAUUUGUUCUUCACCACGGAUGCACCAUGUGGUACAUCAAAUGUCCAGCUGCGCCUCAUUUGUAGCGGUGACACCAAACGCGUAAUCAACUAUGACAAUGCGGGCAAGGAAUGCAACUUGGUUGUGCAUCAGCGCACGCCGGAUAUCUGCAAAUUCCUCAGUCUGGCGAUGCCACCACCAACGGCGCAAGAUAGCAGCACCUCAACAACAACAACAACACCAGCUACAACAACAAGCAGCACGACCGCACCAGCAGGCGGCCCAGAUAAUGGCGGCGGCACACAUCCUGCCGAGCAAACUGGCUCCAUUGGAGCUAUAUUGGCCGCCAUAUUAUCGUUGACUUGCUUCGUCGCUUGCCUUGGUGUGUUCGCCUUUUCGCCGGAGCGCCGCAACAGCGUGCGACGCUUGUUUAGACGCACCACAUCGGCGGUGCGCUAUUCCAGGGUGCAGUCUAACGAGGAAGCCAACCUGUUGCUUGAGCCGAAUGGCGAAUUCACCGACAGCGAUGACGAGCUUCUGCUCUAGAGCAACCCCAAAGCAGUACUUAAACACAACAAGGAUUUCAGAAAACUCACUACAAAACAACGCGGACAAAGGCAGAAACAACUACUUUUAACAAUAACAAAACUACAACAAAUUAUGUAUUUUGAAUUUGAAUAGCUUAACAAAGUUAAUGUAUUGCGAAUGUUGCAAGCUAAGUAUGUGAAAUAUGCAACGCGAGCUUCUAUUUGCCACAUAAACCUCAAGUGAUGAGAUAUAAGAGAGUAAGAGAAAGAAAAACUGAAGUAGAAUGAAGGCAGCAUAAACAAACACCAAAGAGGAAGAGAAAUAAAAAUUUAAAAGAAAAUAAUAAAUAUAAAAAAAUAAUUCUAAAUUAGCGCGAAGGCAAAUUUAUUAUUAUAUGGCCAAAAUUUUUAAAAAUUUUUUAAACAAAAAAAAAAAAAUAAUAAUAUAUGUAUAAAUGUACGCGUGAAAUGUUAAGAAAUGGCGAUCUCUUUUAUGUAUAUAUAUGUACAUUUAAACAAAGAAAAAUUUGAAUUGUAAACACGUAAGAAGGCAUAAAUACUACAUAUAACUUUAUAUGUAUGUAGAAGUAGAAUGAGAAGUUAGACAUGAAGAGAGAAAGAAACUAAAAAAAACUAUAUUUUUUCAAAAAUCCCAAACCAAUUGCAAUUGUAUACCAAUGCAUUUUAUUAUAAGUAUUUCGAUAAAAAAAAGUAUUUAAAAGACAUAAACAUAAAUGUUGUAAGCGUUUUUGAGGCACACAAAUGUAUGUAUGUAUGCAGUGAAGGCAGCUGCUUCAAGUAAUUUUUGAAAUAUUUGCGUUCUCCAAUAUACUACAUAAUUAAAUAUACCUACGAGCAGCUUUAAUUGUGAUUGCAACGCACACACAUACAUACAUACAGACAUACUUUGGCAGCUACAAGCAAGUGUGUUUGCCAACUUUUAGUCAAAUUCUGUAAUGCUUUAACCAUUACUUGUGUUUAUAUAUAUAUAUAUGUAUUCCUACUUUCAUUAAUAUUCACUAUUCCUAUUGAAUAAUAGUCAAUAUUUCUUGUAUUUAUUGGCAUUAUGUACUUAAUUAUAACUAUUAAUACAAAUUAAGCGCUCAUUUGAAUGAAAUAUAAAUAAAAUUAUGUGCAAAUAUAUGAA